AUGACAUACACCAGCUUGCCUGCGGGCGUCUCGCCCCCGUUGGCCGAGGACAAUGAGCGUAAUCAUGCCGGGCUCGUGAUCAUAUUUGCUAGUGUCUGCCUGUUUCUUAUUCUCUCCUCGCUGGGCAUGCGCAUUUAUUCUACUUCGAAACGCUCGGCCAUUUUGAGCGACGAUUACCUUUUGACUGUCGCGGUCGUACGGUCCAUCCCGCAAACCAGCGUCGUGCUUUAUCAGGCGCAUUUGGGCUGGGGUAAGAGUCAUGAUCUUCUCGAUGCCCCUAGGAUAGCGACUAUGGAAAAGACCGCCUAUGCGUCUGACCUACUUUACAUUACCAUCCUCGGGUUCUCAAAAUGCUGCACCAGUCUCUUCUACGAACACCUCUCGACCUUCACGUCCCGUUGGACCACAAGGAGCCUGCUUGUUCUCUCAGUUGUCUGGACCUUCAUCUCGAUCCUCCUGGUCGCCAUUCGGUGCAGCCACAAUCCAUGGGAAGAUAUCAACCACGUCUGCGGGUCGCUGCUAUCACAUUGGACAGCGAUCACCAUCCUUGAUAUCAUCGUCGAAGUCCUAUUGCUGGUAUACCCCGUGAAGCUGAUCUAUCGCGUUCACCUCCGCCGCUCCCGCAAGUUGGCCGUCCUAUCCAUUCUAGGGUGCCGUGGAAUCUUAAUUCCCCUCGCCGUACUCCACUAUGUCUCAAUUCGCAAACAAAUCUCUUCCGAUGAUCCCACACUGAUCGGCGCCUACGCCACCGUCAUCGAAGAAUUACACCUCUCCAUCAGCAUACUCUUAUUGACCCUUUCCUCGGUCAAGCUGUUCCUCGCCACAUACGAAGAUGACGACGGACUGGCAUAUACGAACGAUGCAUCGCGGGGAAGAAGCCAACCACGAUCUCGGUCACGGAAGACGCUGACCUUUUCCCGGGCGACGACCGCUCGUCCGUGGGAUAACAUGGAGGAGCCGAUCCUGUAUGAUCCCAAUCGGAUGAUAAUAAAAGAUGUGCAGAUCGAGGUGACGAGCGAGGUGAUGGAGAUGCAGGAUCGAAUUCAUUCAAGGAUUAUUCCCCAGGGCGAUGCCUGA